CAAAAAAAAAAAAAAAAAAAAAAGAGAGAGAGAGUAUUGAAGAAGUGAAUGAUCCAAAAGCAGAAAAAAAUGCGAUCAGGGACGGAGCUGGAAGGGUAUAGCUAUCAGGAAUCACGGCAGCAGUGGCCGACCAUGUCAGGUUAAUAACAGACUGGGGCAAUCGGAGAAGGCUUAGUGCACCAACGAGCCCCUGGGGUAGCAUGCGCGAGAUGCAUCCCCGCUGCUAACUGGUGAACUAAGCCUAACUCCCGCACCAGGACACUGUGCCUGGCAGUGCAAGGGCUACCUGUUUGCACAUCGCAUCCCUUUAAUAUUUGGAGAUUAAGGGGUUGCUGUAGCACUUUUCAGCACGACUGCUUUACCUAGCACUUCAUUUCAUUGUUUUCUACGCAGCAUCAUUUAAGGGACAUCGUACAAUAAAAAUGGAUGGGUUGGCAAGUUGCAGUAUUUUCCAAGAGCUUCAGCUGGUUCAUGACACAGGCUACUUCUCGGCCAUGCCGUCCCUGGAGGAGAACUGGCAGCAGAACUGCCUGGAGCUGGAACGCUACCUUCAGACUGAACCAAAGAAGAUUUCCGAUACAUUUGCUGAAGAUGCGGACUGUUGCUUGAGCACUUCCUGCAGCAUGAUUGAGGAGGACAUGGCUCAAAUGGUAGAUCCUGUGCUGCUUCCCAUGGACUUGACCUCUUCCAUCCGGACUCCCAGCUCAGCUGUACUAAUUUCACAGGACAAGCUCCUGUCACAGAUAACCUCACAGACUGUUAGUGCCACCACAGAGGCCUACACUGCAGUGAACCCAGCACAGCUGAAUGCUGUGACAUCAUUAACACCUCCUUCAUCCCCUGAACUUAGCAGACACUUGGUAAAACCGUCACAGACUUUGUCUGCCACAGAUGGCACUUUGAUGUUAAAACUGGUGGCAAAGAAAAAUGAACUCAAUGUGACCAAGUUGAUCUCAGCCGAAGCAUCUAGAAGUGGUCCAAGUGACAAUGAACAGAGUGGUUCCUCUGAGGAAGCAUCACCAGAGAAUAAAAAGAGGGUUCAUCGCUGUCUGUUCAAUGGCUGUCGAAAAGUCUAUACGAAAAGCUCCCACCUGAAAGCCCACCAGAGGACUCACACAGGUGAGAAGCCAUACAAAUGUUCGUGGGAAGGGUGUGAGUGGCGUUUUGCACGAAGUGAUGAACUCACACGGCACUACAGGAAGCAUACAGGUGCCAAGCCAUUUAAGUGUAACCACUGUGACAGGUGUUUUUCACGGUCGGAUCAUCUUGCUCUUCACAUGAAACGGCACAUCUAAGAAAGUGCAGUUGUAGGCUGUGUGGAUUUGACUGUGAGUUUAAGAACCAUUGUUAUCUCCACAGCUGGCAUUCAGCCCUCCACUUUGCAAAACAAAACAGAAAAAAACAAUAAUAUGCAUAUGACCUUUGUACAUAGCUACACCUAAAUCGCCAUGCUUGCUCUGUCGGUCACGCCUUAUUCUAGCCUGAGGUGGGAGUCAGACACUGCCAAAUGACUUUUGAUCCGACAGGAAAUGGAUUUCUAGUAGCUGCACUUGCAACUACACAUGGUAAUUAGGGCUUGCCAUUUGGAUGGAGACCAGUAGGAGAAGGAGCUAACAGCUUCUCACUCAAUCUUGUGGGAACAGACUUAUUGAAAACCUGUGGCUUAACCUCUUCUGCAGAUGCGUUGCUAAUACUUAAGACAAAAUACAGAAUGGAACCAGAAAGCCAGAUCUCCAUUAGGUGGCCAAAGGUGUUCUGUUUUUGUUUUUUUCUAGAUGUCUCAACACAAAACCUAUUAGAUGUCUUUUUUCUUCUCUCUCACUUAGCUGAGCUGGAAAUUUCUUCUUCAUUACCAACAGCCUUAAUGGCAUAAAACUGUCAAAUACAACUUAUUUCAGCUUAUGCUGGUUUAACUUAGCCUUUAGCAGAUGUUCUGUUAGAGUGGCUUAUGCUGAGAGGACAUGAUCUGCACUUAACUAUCCUCGAACCCACUAGCACUGACUGCAGCUUUUGCUGUGGGCUUAAAGAUGGACAGGAGCCUGGAUUAUUUUCAUCUACGUACCUCUGAAGGGCUUGCCUGCCACUUUAAAGCUGCAUUUUUUCCUCAGUUUUUUACUGGAAACUUGAAGCUUGUCUUAAAGUUGGACUUCGGGACUUCUUCAGCCAUCAUUAAUUGUCCAUGCAAACACAACAGCUGGUCCUCAAUUCUUUGAGUCUUCAACCAUGCAGCAAAGAAACAAACUUACAAGAAAUACAACAAAAGUGGUAUACACCAUGUGCUUGACUAUAUGUAGCUGUUAAAAGACUUGUAUUGAGCUUUUAAGGCUAUUUCUGCUUUAUCCCUUACUGUGCGGCAUCUGGAGAGUGAAAAAAGCCAAAAACCUUGAAUUACAUGCAUUUGGGGUCUCAAAAAUUGAAUCACUUUUCUUUACAGAUGUCUCUGCUUGUCUUUGUUUGCUGAGGGUGGGGUGGGGUAAACAGUUACUUCUGCACAUUCUAAUGUUUAAUAGAACACUUGAAUUUAACCAAUAGACAUUUUAGACAGUAUCACUAUUUGGACCCUUCUUGUUUGAUUUUAAUCCUGAGGAAGAAAAUUCUUUAAAGGUGUAAAAAGUUGUCAAGUCAUUUUCGGAAUGUUCAGGUGGUAGUGUAAAGUUAUUUAGAUUUACCUACAUGAAGUAGGCAUAAAUUGUGCAGUGUAUUGUAUCUAUGCCAUCAGUGGCAACAUAAGUGAAAAUGUAUAACUAAUUGCACUGAAGUGUGUCAUUAAGACCAUCCCUGGGAUUAAAUCUUGAGGGGGAGGGUCCAACUUCUGUAUAGGUGGGUAACUGAUGAUGUCAUCUGUCACAGUUGGAGGUGUAUUUUGUCAUGGUGGCCAUGCUAAUGUGGUAGUCCAUGUUUUUGUAAUCAUUCCUGUUAGUUAUGCUUGGCAGAGUUGUCCAUGGUUUAAUGAAACAGCUGUAACGUAUGUGGUUGCUAUCCCAAUAGUGUUCCUAGGCAGGUAGGAUUAUUUGUAUGAAGGUUUAUUAAGAUGUUUGGAGUUGUUCCUUUACACCUCUUUUGCAUUCCCAGCUAAUGCAUCUAUUUGAAACAGAAAGCAGAGUGAAUAAACCAAAUAGUUGCCAGUGGUUCUUUUUUGUGCACUUUAGUCUGAAUUGCAAUGUCACAGGUUCUAAUCUCAUUGCAGUUCAGUACUGAAUGAGUCACUGACUUGACUACUUUUAUGCAUUUUUCCUCCAGAAACAGUCACGUAGAUACUCUGUCAAUCUGUAAAAUAAAACAAAAUGCAAACAUAAGUGUCAUAGGUUAUGUAACAACUGCGUUCUGUGUGAUGUUGCACGUUCACUGACAGUGUAACAGACAUCAUUUGUUCUGCUCCUACCAUCACUGUCAGCAGCACGGUGAUAGUGUAUAAAUAUGAUCAGAUCACUUAAAAUGGAUUGGAGAUUAUGCUACCCUACAGACACAUUGUGAUUGUACAUUUCUGUCAGGCAUCAUCCUGUAGGUGUGUGUUUGAUUCCAUCAGCCUGCACUUGCAGACUCUGAUUUGGAUCAACCCACUUGGCCAGACAGAUCACUACUAAAAAGAGACAUUUGGCACCUUGAGGGUUUUCCUGUCAACAUAUCACUUCCUGCUUAUACUCCAAGAUGAACGUUGGCUUGAGGGACACAAAUGUGCUCACUGUCAGGAAGGAAGAGAAGAUGGCAGUGACCACAGGUGCCCCAGGGUUCAGUCAGUUUGAUUGUACUGACACUUUCUGUCAAUGUUUUGGCAGUAUCUCUGAAAAGGAGAAGCAGUGGAUAUUACAUAACACUCCCUCAGGGUUUCUGUGUUCUUCCACUUUUCACUUUUCCCCUGUGACACCUUACAAGACAGAGUUGUAGAUAAAAUGCUGUUCUUCCAUCCACAGAGAGAAAUGUAUACAUUUGUAAGCUCCCUUCAUAUUUUCCAAUUGGCUUACUCUUUAGGUAAGUGGUGCUUGAAGCUUAAAUGAUGACACCCCAAGGCAACAGGAGCUGAUCAGAUAGAUGGAUAGAUAUUAUGUCAGACUUUGAUUGUCCUCAAUAAAUAAAUAAACAGUUAACAUUAGAAUUUGAAACUAAGAGACCUGUUGAAAUAAUACAUGAAAAGAGAUAAGUCAUGAGUUGUAGCAUUAGCAAGCAACCACCCUGGUAUCUUUUUAAUACAGUAGUUUCAUUAAUCAAUGUCCUCUGUUAUGCAUUACUGUGGGAUGUGUUUACCAUAGAGAUCCUUCCGAUUAUGUGUUCUAAUACUUUGCAGCCCUUUUCAUGGUUUAUUUAAGUAGUUUGUAAGGACUGAAACCACAGCAUGCAGAGAGGCAGAAUUCAUGUAAAAUAAUUUAAAUGUCUGUAUUAUUCCAAAGAUUUUAAAACAAGAAAGACCUGACAAUCCUACAGACAUCACUUCCAAAUGUUAGCAUAUUUUUUUUUAAAUUUACAUAGUGGUCUGGAGUGAACAUAUGCCUUUUCACAAAAGAAUGCCACUGGCUUGCCUAUGGAAAUGGCACAUCUCGCUGUCCCAUUAGCUCAAGUCCAGCAGAUAGCUGCCACUAAGACCUGUAGCCAGAUAUCCUUUUGUGUGCAUGUAUAAAAUAAUUUUUCUUGCAAAGGUGUUAUACCCAAAGUCUUUCUCUGUGAACAAUUUUUGCUGGCUCCAGAGUGCUUGUCAAGUGCAGAGUGGUCAAGGUUCUAAUUCGCUGAGCACAGUUUGUCAAACUUCAACUCCACAAUCAGUUUUCAGUUGGAAGUCAGAGCCAAUGCACACUUACAGACCACACUGACAAUGAUUCUGUUAUUUUGGGAGAUUUCUGCCUUCUUUGUGUUUAUGUAACCUUGAUGUUGGUAUAUAUAGAAGUUCGAAGUUUGAGGGAUGUGGGCCUUGCUCCCCACAGAAAGCAUGCUGUGGGUCUUGCCUCCCACCUGCAAAAAGAAAAAAGCUUAAGCUUUAUGUUGAUUUCCUGACUAGCUGUGCCUGGCAAGCUGGUUCUUUACCAAGUUGUAACUCGACGAGUCAUAGCAGAAACUGGUUUGGCAGUGGACAUUGCUAUAGUGAGGACAUGUUUUCCACAAAAAGAUUUAGAUUUUUUUUUAGGAAUGGUUAGUUCAUACCAUUGUAUGUGUCAAUGCAAUUUUCUUAAAAACUCAAAAGUUAAGUGGCCUGUGGAUUAAAAACAUGACUGUUUAUUUUAACAUGACUUAAUAUAUGUUUCAGGCGAGUAGUACUUGAUAUGUUAGAGUUAAACCCAGCAUUCCUAAUUUUGAAAUCCUUUCUGUCUUAUUGAAAUGGGUGAAUACUCUUUUAUGUACUGUAGGAGUGGAAUACUGCCAGUCUGUCUUUUUUGCCAAACAUCAUGCUUAGUGCAAUUUUUGUUGUUGUUGUUUUUUUUUUUUGUUUGUUUUUUUGUUUUGUAGAGGAGAACAGGAGAACACUGUAAAAACUGUAUUGUGGAACAGAGAGAAAACAGAUAUUAUGUGCAAUAUGUGGAAACUGAACAGUUAUACAGGAGUAGACAUCUGUGCUGUAAAACAGGUCUGUUUAGAGAAGCAAGGCCUAUCUAAUGUCAGGCCUCCUCCACAUGUCAGCAGCUUUUCACUGUAGUUUUGGUGUUGGUAUAGGUUUAAUCUAAAAAGAAAUAAUGUUGUGUUCAAAUACCGUAGGCUUGAAGCAUUGAUCAGGGCAGGGGAGAACAGUAGCACAGACAUCUGUUAGUUUGUUCUCACUAAUGAAUAGCAGGAGUGUGCUGAUUUGUAUGUUAUGUAUAAGCUCUUGAGAGAAGACAAGAACUGCAAAUCAAGUUACAGACCUUAAAAUAAGAUUCAUUUAGCAAUCAUUAGUUGUCCGAACACCAGUUUAUUUUUAACUUCACUAACUUCAUGUUCAUUGUGUGUCAUCAGUUUGUGCCAUGUGUGAUCUGACACCAUCCCACAGUUUAUGCCCCCAUUUGGCAUUGUGCUGUUAAUCUGAAUAGUUAAUGCAGUCUAGUGGGCUAGUUAAAAUGGUUGACAGCUGUGUGCCACUAUUCUUUUAUUGUGUGCUUGAGCUACUCUCUAAUUAGUUACUACAUUACCCAUACUGGCCAGCCAUUCAUUCUCUGAAGAGUUGUUAUGUUGUUCAAGAGAGACAACAGUGAACGGUAUUGCAGUGUUUAUUUCACUGAAAGCUUGCAAAA